AUGAGCUCGCCUUCAUCAAACCAAGUAGAUCUCGAGAACCUAGCGGGCGAUCUCACCUCGGCGAUCCGCGCAUUCAAAGACGCUCCUCCAUCAAGCACGGAAGCCGUACUCAAACGCAGACUCGUGACGCAACUGGCAAAGAACAUCAUCACCGAGGCCGAGGAGCCGGGAGAGCGUCCAUUCGAAUAUGUUGCACAAAUGGCAGAGCUCGCGACCCUCCGCAUCCUGAUGGAGUGGCGCGCGCUGGAGCACAUCCCUUCCGCCGGCAGCAUCACAUACGCCGAGCUGGCCACCAAGAUCUCAGCCGACCCCUCCCUCAUCCGCCGCCUCUGCUGGCCGCUCGUCGCCUCAGAGCUGCUCGCCCAACCCGCCGCCGACGCCAUCGCGCACACGGCCGCAUCGCGCUGCUUCACCAACGACAACCCGCAGGGCGCGUACUUCAAGAUCUUCUACGACACCAUCACGCCCUCCGCCGUCGCCUGGCCCCGCUGGGCCGCCUCGCACGGCCGGACGCCGCCCGUCGAGCCAUCCGACAACCCGUUCACGUGGGGCCACGGCGCGCCGGCGAAAUCCUAUUGGGAGCUGGCGUCAGGCGCGAUGCAGGUCGACAUGAACACGAGCAUGCAGAGCCUCGACACGCUGCUGCCCGUCAACGGCGCGUAUCCGUUCGCACUCAUCGCCGAGCGGGCGGGGAAAGUGGCUCUGGACGCGGCGCUGGUGGUGGAUGUGGGCGGCGGGCGCGGGCAGGCGAUUGAGCGGAUGCGCGAGGAGUGCCCGGGGAUACCGGCGGAGAGGUGUGUGUUGCAGGAUACGGCGGAGGUGAUUGCGGAUGUGGGGGAGAGGGAGGGGUUGGAGGGCGUGAGGAGGAUGGUGGUGGAUUAUUUUGAGGAGCAGCCGGUGAAGGGGGCGCUGGUUUACUUUUUGCGCCGCAUCAUGCAUGAUUGGUCGGAUAAGUAUUGCGUGCGGAUUUUGGAGAGGCUGAGGGACGCCAUGGCGGAGCAUUCGAGGAUUUUGAUCAUGGAUCAGAUUUUGGACGAUCCGCCGAACAGGCUACUAUACCUGGACACCGUCUCCAUCAACCACCCAAACGGCAACACCACCCACGUCGCCAAGAUAGCCGGCAGCCCCGCCUACAAGGCCUUCAUGCAGCGCGCCUACCAAUUCGCCCACAACUCCCCCUCUCUUCCUCCCUCACACGACGACAACCCCACCGACGACGACAUCGCCGCCCUACAACCCCUCCUCACCCACCUCAAGCACGCCGCCGAGCGCGCCCUCGGCUACGAACGCAUCUGCCACGUCCUCCUCGGCGGCCCGCGCAAGUACGGCGCCGACGCGGGGGGCUACUACGAGCGCACCAUUCUCGCCGCCCUCCAAGCCGCGGGCCUGACCCUGGCGCAGGAUUGGCUGGCCAUCAUUGAGGACAUGCCGCCGCACUUCAUGACGAGCGCAGGAUCUGCAGCGGUGGGUGCGUUGCGGUUGGAUGAUUACGAGUUGGAGAAUUGGGACCAAUACGUGUUGGUUGUGGAGGCGACGCGGCAGCAGCAAUCGGGGGAUCAGGCGGAGAAAGAAGGCGGGCUGGGCGUGGUGACGGCGGCGGUGUUGGAUGACUGCAUUCUUAGGACGCGGGAAGUGGGGAUGGAGGUGAUGAGAGGAGAAGGAGGAGGAGGAGGGGAUGAGGGGGAGGUCGUGGAGAGGCUGGUAAGGGAUGUUGUGGGGCGUUUGCCCGAGUUCGAGCGGGGGCCGGUGGACAAGGUGGUUGUGCAUGGGGAUGGGGCGGGGGUGAGCGGGGUGAGGGAGGCGUUGGAGAGGGUGUUAGGAGAGGCUAUGGUUGGCGAGGCGUUUGGGGAGGAGGGGGAUGAUGAGGCGGUUUUUGCGGCGGCCGAUGGGCUAGCGAGGGAUGCGUUUGGGUUGCUUGGUCAGGCACCGACGCAGAAGGCGGCGCCUGGGUGUCGGUUCAUAUCGGGAUUAUAUAAGGAUGGGUGGAGGGAGUUGUGGAAGGAUGUUCAACUUGCCUACUGGGGCUGA